AAAAAAUUGACUGAUUAAUAUUAAUAUUGUUUUAAUCGAUGUCUCAACGUACUAAAGUUAUCCAGUUAUACAAAACGCUGUUAUAUAUGGGUCGCGACUAUCCAAGAGGUUAUGAUUUUUUUAAAAAAAACCUAAGGAAAGUUUUUGAAAAAAAUAAAGGGGAACAUGAUCCCGAAAAAAUUGAAAAAAUGUUAGCACAUGAAUUAAUAAAUAUGGCAGUUUGUGUAGCUGUAAUUGGAAAAGACAAUUCUCCAAAAUAUAUUAGAUGUGUAGAUGAAUCAUCAGCACUGCAAUUUCAUUGUAAAGUACACACAUCAAUAGAUAUUAUAGAAGAGAAAUUAAAUGUUGGAAAUAAGACUGCUAUUGAUAUACGCGACUUGUACUUGGGUUUAUUGUAUGCCACUGAAGAAUAUAAAAUAUAUGGUUAUGCAACAAACACAAAAAUCAAAUUUAUUAUUGUAUUACAUUCAUCAAACAUAUCUUUAAGAGAUAAUGAUGUAAAAAUGAUGUUUAAGAAAUUACAUGCUGCUUAUUCUAAUACUGUAUGUAAUCCAUUUUACAUUCCAGGUGAUCAACUUAAUUCCAAGUCUUUUGAUCUAGCUAUAAUGGAAAUAAUGGGUAUUAUGUCACCUUUCUAA